AUGUCUUCCAGGCCGCGGCUCCUUCCAGAGCCGGGAGCGCCGCGCGCCUCCCCCGGGGGCUCCACGCGGCCCCCCACCCCGGGCUGCAGGAGGGAGUGGCGCCCCAGCCCGAGGCCCUGCGGGCCGCCCACCUGCCGCUGCACCAAGCGCCAGAGACGGGGCGCUAAUGGGCGGGUGGCCGAGCGGGACCGCACGCAGAGCGUGAACACUGCCUUCACAGCGCUGCGCACCCUCAUCCCCACCGAGCCGGUGGACCGCAAGCUGUCCAAGAUCGAGACGCUGCGCCUGGCGUCCAGCUACAUCGCGCACCUGGCUAACGUGCUGCUGUGGGGCGACGCGGCCGACGACGGGCAGCCGUGCUUCCGAGCCGCCAGCGGGACCAAGGGCACGGCCGCCUCUCCCGCCGACGGCAGCCGCCAGCCGCGCUCCAUCUGCACCUUCUGCCUCAGCAACCAGCGGAAAGGGAGUGGCCGUCGUGACAUGGGAGGCAGCUGCUUGAAGGGGAGGGGCGUGGCCCCCCUUCGAGUACCCCGGAGAUGAACACGGGUCCCGGCAGCAUUUGUUCCAUCCAAGCAAGACCCCGGAGAAGGAGGCCGGAAGCCAGCACUGGCUGGAUAGGGGAGAAGACCCCAGGGAGCCGAGCCCACCCUGCUCUUGCAUAGGGACCAGGGGACAAUGGCCUGGGCUCUUGCCUCUCUGGGCAGGACCCCUGGGACAGCCUGAUCCAAGCCUGCAGAGCCGUGCGGAGCUGCCCGGCGGCGCCGGGCUCCAGCUGAUCAGAGACAAGGCAGAGCUUUAGGGAAAACAGAGACUGUUGAAGGAGGCUGUGUGUACAUGGCUGUAUGUGGGGUGUGUGCGUGUGUGAGAGAGAAAGAGAGAGAAGUGGUGGGUUUAAAAUAAAAAGAUAUUUUUAAAUAAAA